AUGUCCCUCUUCCUUCUCCGCCACCGUCUCCCUUCUGUUGCUGCCCCUCUUCUCCGUUUCCUCGUCUCCCGUACAGGCCACUCCUCCGCUUCCUCCAUUCUCUCCUUCGCCACCACCGCUUCCUCUCCGGGUCCCCUCCACCCUGUCCUCCUGGACUCCAUCAUGUCUGCGUACGCCGAUGCGGGCUUCUUCGACGAUGCCAUCCAGUGCUUCCGCUUUGCGCGCCACCGUUUUAUGCGGCUCCCUUUAUCUGCUUGUUCGGUCCUCCUCCGCCGUCUCCCUGCGGCUGACAAGGCCCAUGCGUUCUUGAUGGAGACUGUGAAUGCAGGGGUUUCUGUAAAAAUCCAAGAUUUCAAUGUUUUGAUUCAUAGGUUUUGCAAGGAGGGGAAGCUUAGUAAUGCCCAUCAGGUGUUUGAUGAAAUUCCUAAUCAUAGUUUGCAGUAUAAUGCAGUUACUUUCAACACUUUAAUCAACGGUUAUUGUAAAUGUGGCAGCUUAGAUUUGGGGUUGGAAAUGAAGGGUAUCAUGAAGCACGCUGGAAUUACAGAGGAUGUGUUCACUUACUCAAUUUUGAUUCGAGCGUUUUGUGUGGCGGGAAAGUUGUUAGAUGCCACGAAGAUGUUUGAGGAAAUGUGUGACAGAGAUCUUGUACCUAAUAAAGUUUGUUUCACUUGUCUGAUUGAUGGGCAUUGCAAGGAUGGGAAGGUGGGGGUAGGAAUGGACAUUUAUAAGGAGAUGACGAGGAAAGGAGUUGAACCAGAUUUGAUCACUUUCAAUGCUCUUGUGAAUGGGCAUUGCAAGAAUGGGGAUUUAUUAGAGGUCGAGAAGAUUAUGGAGGAGAUGAAGAGAAGGGGUUUCAAGCCAGACAAGGUAACAUAUACAACUCUUAUUGAUGGGUGUUGCAAGAAAGGGGAUUUACAUAUGGCACUUGAGACCAAACGAAAGAUGGUAGUCGAAGGGGUUGAGCUGGAUGAGGUGACCUACACAGCACUUAUAUCAGGAUUGAGUAGAGAAGGGUGGGUGGUAGAGGCAGAGAUGAUCUUGCAUGAGAUGAUGAGUACUGGCAUAGAUCCUCAUGAGAUAACAUAUAAUUUGGUCAUUGAUGCUUUGUGUAAGAAAGGAGAGGUCAGGGCAGGUUUUAAGUUGCUGCGUGAGAUGCAAAGUAAGGGUCUUAAACCAGGAGUUGUCACAUACAAUAUCAUCAUGAAUGGGCUGUGCAAGCUUGGGCAGAUGAAAAAUGCCAAUGUGCUUCUUAAUGCUAUGCUUAAUGUUGGUGUUGUCCCUGAUGAUGUUACCUAUAAUACUCUCUUGGAUGGACAUUGCAAGCUUGGAGAAGUAGAUCGUGAGAUGAUAAGUGGUGAAAUAGGAAUGGUUUCAGAUUUUGCAACUUACACUUCUCUGAUAAAAAAUUCCCUCAGAAGGCCUAAAGGAAAUACGAAACAGGAGAAGAAUGUCGAUUCUUGAGGUUCUAAGGACUGUUAUGUGAUGUCCGUUAUUUAGUUCACUGAAGUCCUCUAUCAUAUAUGUGCUUCCCAGGGUGCAAGUUCUGGGGCCGAUUCUCAUCGAUUCAAGUAAUUCUUUUCCACCUCUCCUACUCCAAGUUGCUUAAUUCAUUCAUGAAUAGGCUGACAUCUAUUGUACAAUUUACGUGAGAGUUGGGAAUAUCAUCCUUUGGAAUUAUGCUUGAUCAAACCUUUUGAGUUGUUGAACGUCAUAGAACAAACUAAUUUACUGGCCUUAUUCCUAUGUAGUAAACAUUUUUUUGUUAUUUUUUAGUUGUAUAUAUGUUCGUUUGACAAGGCUGUUAAUGUAUCUCUUUGGUUCAUCCUCCUAUAAAUAGGAUGCCUUAGGAUGUAUGCUGCUUAUUUUAAAAGGAUAAGCAUAAUGAAGCCCUUAUAGUUUGUU